AUGGAAAGCAAAGUCUCGCGUUCUCUAGACCAUAGUAAUUGGUGGGAACCAGAUCAUUGGAAGAUGCGUUCUGGACUCAUCUCCACUUCUCUGGAAGGGGCUGACCCAGCUGAAAUAAGGAAUGGAUGGCUCACGUUAUCUGACAAUAAGGCACGCUUCCAGCAAAAGCAACUACAGGAGCGCGAACAGAAGAUCGCAUCUCUAUAUGAGUCACAGCAGGCGAAGGCUUUGGAGCGAGUGAGACACUCACCUAGCAACGGAGUGACCAGCACCCCUACAAUACCCUCACCACAGACCAUACAGCAUCAACCGGGGAAGGUCCGUCAGAUGUUUGAAGAGAGGCGAACCAAAGCCGGCAUAGACAAGAGCUAUCCUCUACAACCGAUUCAAAACACGGAGCGGACACAACCUCGCAAGAUAACCAACGGCUUAAAUAAACAGACAACCAAGACUACUGAGAAGAAAACGUUGAAAACAAUCACUACUAACACACAUACUGUUAAAAAACAGAACACUACUAAGGUCCAUAAAGUUGCGGCGGUCAACGGCUCAGGAGACGUCAACCACAAUCACGAGCUAGAUCUCAAUACUAAUAAAACUGUGCAGCCCCUCAGCAAUGUUGAAGUACAAAAAGACGAGAGAGACGCCAAUGACAACACGGACCUCAUAGAAAAUGAAACGUUCCCUGAACUAGCGCUGGAACAGAUGACGCCGAGGAACACGCCCGAUACGAACGGGAAUAUUAAUAAUAAUAAUAAUAAAAAAAGCAGUCCAGCAGUAACGAGGCCCAAGAGUCCAGUGAAGAGUAAACCAACAGCUGUCACUACACCACGGAAAGUGACCAGUGACAAUAAGGUUUCCAGGGAGAAUAUUAAGCCCCGGGGGGCGAUGCAGCGGACGGUCAACUCGAGUCCACAGACCUCUGCCUCCAAGGCGCGCCCGACCGCCGAGAGGUCUGAAGGGGCGUGCGUGGUCUGCGGCCGGCGCUUCGCCCCCGACAGACUGGCGCGACACCAGGACAUCUGCCGCAAGACGCACGCCAAGAAGAGGAAGCCCUUCGACGUGCUCAAACACAGGCUGGCGGGCACGGAGGCCGAGCCGUUCAUCAGUCGUCUCCGUAAGACGCCCGCUAACAGCUCCGCCACUAAGCUACAGAAGCCUCUGAACAGUACGUGGAGACAGAAACACGAGGAGUUCAUACAAGCGAUACGAGCCGCCAAACAAGUACAGGCGCAUCUGAACGCGGGAGGUAAGCUGAGCGACCUGCCCCCGCCUCCUCCGUCCGAGAACCCGGACUACGUGCAGUGUCCUCACUGUAAGAGACGCUUCAACCAGGCCGCCGCUGACAGGCACAUACCCAAGUGCGCCAACUUCCAGUUCAACAAGACCAAACAAGCGCCCAAGAAACGAUAA